AUGGCCGUCAGAAACACUCUCCGGUUGUCCUUAAAGCAGUUUCAUUUGCUUCUUCUUCUCAUAUUACUGUUGCCCUUCUCUGCAACUCCACUGACCUUCAACUUCCCCAGCUUUCCCCCUGAUGUUGCCACCAAUAUAUCAAUGGAGGGAAAUGCUUCCGCCGAUGGCUCCCUCCGCCUCACCAAGAGUGCUCUUGACCAGGUACUAAAUAUGAGCUUUGGUAGAGCCACCUACAGAAAAAAUUUACUCCUCCGGGAAAACUCCACCGGAAAACUUGCUGAUUUCACAUCAAGUUUCACGUUCGUCAUUGACUCCGACAACAACAACAGGUCCGGUGACGGGCUGGCUUUCUUCCUAGCGCCAGUAGGAUCCGCUCUGAACACCACAUCAGGACAAGGAAGAAGUCUUGGCCUCCCUGUCAACACUACGCUGUUAGACUAUACCCAGUGGACUACUGAAUACCCGUUUGUGGCGGUCGAGUUUGAUAUCUUCCCCAAUAAGGUUGUUGAUUUGGGUGUGAAUUACACUCAUGUAGGCAUAGACAUCAACACCGUCAGGUCUAACGUUACAGAGCCAUGGAAUGGUAGUAUUACGGCAGGAAAUGAAAAUAAUGCCACCGUUACUUACGACUCCAACAAGAAAAAUCUCAGUGUUGCGUUCACUACGUUUGAAAACGGAGUCCAGGUGAUCCGAAAUAUUCAUUUCUCAGUUGAUCUGCUCCGAUACUUACCCGAUGUGGUGAUUGUCGGGUUCUCCGCGGCAACAGGUACACUGACCGCACUGCAUAAGAUCAAUUCUUGGAGGUUUGAUUCAACUUCAUUGAUAGAUGAAAUAAGCACAUCCAAGUCAGGAAACGCCAAUAUUGGACUAGUAGUUGGAUUGGUUGUUGGGGGAAUCGUUAUCUUGGCUGUUGUGUUGGGUUUGGUUUGGUUCCUUUUCUACAGGAAGAGGAGGGAAACAAAUGGGGAAAUUACGGAUGAUGAUUCUAUGGUUCUUCAAGAUUUGAAUCCUGAAGAUUUUGAAAAGGGGACAGGCCCUAGGAAAUUCUCCUACAAUGAAUUGGCCCUUGCAACCAAUAAUUUUGCGCAGGAAGAAAAGCUCGGGGAGGGAGGAUUUGGUGGAGUUUACAAGGGCUUCAUCAAAGACAUGAACGCGUAUGUAGCUGUUAAGAAGAUAUCAAGGGGGUCUAAACAAGGGUUGAAGGAGUAUGCAGCAGAAGUGAGUAUCAUUAGUCGGCUCAGGCAUCGGAAUCUGGUGCAACUCAUCGGUUGGUGCCAUGAUAAGAAACUCCUCCUUGUCUACGAAUUCAUGCCCAAUGGUAGCUUGGAUGCUCAUUUGUUCAAACAAAAAGGCUUGUUAACUUGGGAGGUAAGGUACAAAAUAGCACAUGGAUUGGCAUCCGGGUUGCUCUAUCUCCACCAAGGAUGGGAACAAUGUGUGCUGCACAGGGAUAUCAAAUCUAGCAAUGUUAUGUUGGAUGCAAAUUAUAACGCGAAACUUGGAGAUUUUGGGUUAGCCAGACUUGUAGACCACGGAAAGCUAUCGCAAACAACAGUUGUGGCCGGAACCAUGGGCUACAUGGCUGCGGAAUAUGUUACAACGGGAAAGGCUAGCAAGGAAACGGACGUCUACAGUUUCGGAGUUGUUGCAUUAGAAAUAGCUUGUGGGAGAAAACCCAUUGAUACUAGGUAUGAAGGAAAGCAAAUGAAUAUGGUGGAGUGGGUUUGGGAGCUCUAUGGAGAAGGGAAAAUUAUUGAAGCAGCCGACCCAAAAUUGUGUGGGGAGUUUGAUGAGAAGCAAAUGGAGUGCUUAAUGAUUGUUGGGUUAUGGUGUGCUCAUCCGGAUCAUAACUCAAGGCCUUUAAUACAACAAGCAAUCCAAGUGCUUGACUUCGAAAUUCCAUUGCCAAAUCUCCCAUUAAAGAUGCCGGUGGCCUUUGCUCCUCACUUAUCACUCUCGAUGUCGUAUAGAGGUGGCACUAGUACCACUGGAGACAAAAGUGAGUCUUCUGGAUUUGAUCCUUCCAUCAACUCUUCACAGUUUAACACAUCUAGAUCUUCUACCACAAAUUCGAACCCCUCGGCAGCUUCUAAGUAAGCGGUUUAGCAUUAGUC